UACACAAGACAUUGUCAGUUGUCAGUUGUCACCGAGACCUCUCUCAAAUUCAUCGUUCCUCACUCUCACUCUCUCGAAUUCAUCGUGAUUCUGGCUUUAUUAUCACUUUAUCACUCUCACCUGACCUUAUUCUUCGCUCCCUCCGUCAAUGGCCUCUUCACUUACAACCCUUUCAAAUGUGGGGUCUCUCUCGCCUCCAACAAGCGUGUCGAACAAGGGGGUUCUGGUUCCCACUUGUAACUCUCUCAAGCUUCGGAGAUCCUCAUUCUCCACCUCGUUGCGUAUAAGCCACCUCACUUCUUCGUCGAACCCUUCUUCUCGGAGAAGACCCGGGUUUCUUAGCCCAGUUCGAGCCAGUGCUGAGGAAGCUACUGUACAAUCAAAAGUUACUCAGAAAGUGUAUUUGGAUAUAAGCGUUGGGAAUCCAGUAGGGAAGCUUGCCGGAAGGAUUGUGAUUGGAUUGUAUGGUGAUGAUGUGCCCCAAACUGCGGAGAAUUUCCGUGCCCUUUGCACAGGAGAGAAGGGCUUUGGAUACAAAGGUUCGACGUUCCAUCGUGUAAUCAAGGACUUUAUGAUUCAAGGAGGGGACUUUGAUAAAGGAAAUGGAACUGGAGGCAAAAGUAUAUAUGGUCGUACAUUUAAAGAUGAGAACUUCAAGUUGUCUCAUGUUGGACCGGGAGUUGUUAGCAUGGCAAAUGCAGGCCCCAACACCAAUGGAAGUCAAUUUUUCAUAUGCACUGUUAAGACACCUUGGCUGGAUCAGAGGCAUGUUGUGUUUGGGCAAGUUCUAGAAGGCCUUGAUGUUGUUAGGCUGAUUGAAUCACAAGAGACAGACCGAGGAGAUCGUCCCAGAAAGAAGGUGGUUGUAUUUGACUCUGGUGAGCUUCCAGUAGUCUGAUGCGGGUGUUCCAAGUUGUUUUUCUUUCCCUUUGCUUUGCUUAGGAACUUUGAACCCUUCUACCCAAUUCAUAGGGCAUCUUUUUGGGUGAGUUCUACACCCAACUACAAAGGAUUUUUGGUUAAAUUUGUAUCCCAGAAGAAAUAGAGUUCUAGCAUUGGGAGCUAUGACCAGAUUAGAGAAUUCUCUACUAUUGUUGAGGAUUCUUGAAUAUGGUGGAAUUUUCAUACAUUACAUGCAAUGUGAAUAAUGAGAUUUGUGCACUAUCAAUUGCUGUUAUAUACAUACGCUGGAUGCACUGUUUUCUC